AUGCUCAAAAUGCAUGUCGACGAAAGUCAACCAGCAAGUAAGCCUAUGAAUGAUUGGGAUUGGGAUGAAGACGAAGCGAACCCAUACAACUGGCCUACGAGGCUGAAGGUCCAGCAAGUCGUGAUGAUCGCCUUGGCAGCAUUGACAACUUCAUUUGGCACAUCCUCUAUAACUCCUGCUCACACGUACUUCAUGGAAGAAUUUCAAGUCAGUAGUACUGUCGCAAUUCUUCCCUUAUCCCUCUACACCUUCGGCCUCGGGCUUGGGACUACAAUAGGAGGUCCACUAUCUGAGACGAUCGGUCGAUACCCGGUAUACCUCGUUACAACACUUCUUGGGAGUAUAUUCACUUUGGGAGUUGGAUUUAGCCAGAACUUCGCUUCAAUCUGCGUCCUUCGCUUUUUUGCAGGCUUCUUCUAUUCGCCCUCUCUGGCAAUCGCCGGAGGAACUAUUAACGAAACAUUCAAGCCUGUCACAAGAGCUGUUCCAUCAGUUAUCUUCGUCAUGAUUCCAUUCUUAGGGCCGGGUAUUGGGCCCGUUAUUAGUAGCUUUGUCGUUGUUCGUAAGAGCUGGCGAUGGACACAAUGGACUAUACUGUUUUUUGCUAUCCUUACAUUGAUUGCGAUACUACUUACACGGGAGACAUUUCAUCCCAUUCUCAAGCGCAAGCGUGCUAAAGAGCUCGGGUAUACAAUCCCUGGCCCUCCUGCACCACCACUCUCUACACAACUUCGCGAAUUUGUCACAAUAUCUCUACAGCUGCCACUCCAAGUUCUCUUCACCGAGCCUAUCGUCACCUUCAUCUGCUUAUAUAUUGCGUGUGAAUUCGCGACACUCUACUCGUUUUUUGCCGCGUUUCCUUUGGUUUUCGAAGGAAUCUAUCGGUUUAGUCUUGAGCAGUCAGGGCUUGUCUUUCUUGGAAUUGUGGUGGGGUCUGUUCUCGGCGCCAUCACUGUCAUAAUCUGCGACGUACUCUUAUAUCGCCCGCGAGCGGCGAAAUACGUUGACCAGCCAAUUCCUCCAGAACUUCGCCUCUUCCCGUCUCUGAUGGGAAGUAUCGGGCUACCAGUGAGCUUAUUCUGGUUUGGCUGGACUGCGCGAGCAGAAAUCCGAUGGGCUAGUCCUGUGGUCUCGACUGUGGUGUUUGCUUGGGGGAACAUGUGCGUCUUCAUUAGCACGACGCAAUAUCUUGUGGAUACAUAUGACUCGUUGACUGUUGCCAGCGUGAUGAGUGCAAACAGCCUGGUUAGAUAUUUGCUUGCUGGGGCGUUUCCACUUUUCACCGUCCAGAUGUACACUAAUCUCGGAGUUGAUUGGGCAACAAGCCUUCUUGGUUUUAUCGCAAUUGCGCUCUUGCCCGUGCCAUGGGUUUUUUUCCUGAUGGGACCAAAACUUAGAGGAAUGAGUCACUUUGCGACUGCCGCGUUCCACAUCUAA